UCGGUAUAUCCUCCAAGCAUCUCUCGGCUUUAUCCCUCUCCCAACUUCCCACCACUUCCACACCCUCCUUCCAUCUUCUUCAUCCGCCAUUGCCGUUCGUUUCUUCCAAAUUCCCUUUCUCCUUCUGUUCUUUCCUCCCAACAGCUGUCUUCCUUGCUCCUUUUUUUUCCUCGCCCACCGUCGGCCGUCGCAGCCAUGGCGACGGGCUCCGGCGCCGGCAACGCAAUUCGCAACGGCGCCCUUCUCCCCUUUCCCAACUCCAGACUUCUUGCCAUUCCGCCUUCAUCUGCAACCUCUCUUCUCCUCCGGAGGCCAGCUCCUCAGCCGUUCUCGUCCGUUUCCUUCUCUUCUUCUACUUCUUCUUCAGCAGAGCAGCACCCCCCGCCAUCGCAUCGCGUCUUCCGGCACUCCCGCGUCUCCACCGCGACUGUGGAGUGCGAUCCUUCAGCUCCCGACGACUUCAAUUUCCAGCAGGAGAUAUCUCGACUCAAGGCCCUGCGGUCGAGGCUCGCCAAUUGCGGCGGCAAUCUCAGGGGGAAGCUUCUCGUCCUGCAGAGCGAUUCCCGCGUGAAGCAGUUCUUCGACUUCAAAUUGGGGAGGUCUAGGGUUUUGGAACUGCUUGAUUUGGACUCCGAUGACUUGUUCUUGCUUAAGAUUUUAGUCGCUGCUGGUCAGGAACAUGUGCUUGGUUUGGAGGCGAUGGAUGGUAAUGCCGAGGCUGGGAGUGGGAGGAAUUCUCUGAAGACUGCUCUGUAUACUCUGGCGGAGAUGAUCGAGAGGUUUGACUUAGGAGGUCCGAAUGGUAAGCGCUCGUUGGAGAAUAACGGCCACGGCGUGCACGUAAGAGAUGAGGAAGUUAGAGACCUGAAACGGCUGUUGAAGAACUUGAGGGAGGUUGAGAAGUUCUAUGAUUGCAUUGGAGGGAUCAUCGGAUACGAGAUAAUGGUGCUGGAGCAACUUGCCCAUUCAACUUGUGAAAAGCAGACUACGAAUUGGUCCCAACAUUUAGAGGACGCCAUGAAUUGCCAGUGUUUGGAAAUUCAUACCCCUAGUGGACUUGACCUUUCUAAAGAUACAGAGUAUGCAUCUCAAGCUGCACUAUGGGGAAUUGAGGGUUUGCCAGACCUAGGAGAAAUUUAUCCCUUGGGUGGCUCAGCGGAUCGUCUAGGUUUGGUAGAUGCUGACACGGGCGAAUGUCUUCCUGCUGCAAUGCUUCCUUAUUGUGGAAGGACAUUAUUGGAAGGCCUGAUUAGAGAUGUUCAGGCUAGAGAAUUCUUGUACUUCAAGAUCUAUGGAAAGCAGAGCAUCACACCUGUCGCUAUUAUGACAAGUUCAGCCAAGAAUAACCAUGAGCGUAUCACUUCUCUCUGUGAAAGACUUAAGUGGUUUGGAAGAGGUCGUUCCAAUUUCCAACUGUUUAAACAGCCUCUUGUUCCUGCUGUUAGUGCUGAAGAUGGGAAGUGGCUGGUUGCUAAACCAUUUUCACCUGUAUCCAAACCUGGUGGCCAUGGUGCGAUUUGGAAACUUGCUUACGAUAAUGGCAUCUUCCAAUGGUUUUACAAUCAUGGAAGAAAAGGCGCCACUGUUCGGCAAGUCAGUAACGUUGUGGCUGCCACAGACUUGACGCUUUUAGCACUGGCUGGGAUGGGCCUACGACAUGGGAAAAAACUGGGAUUCGCAUCUUGCAAGCAAAGCUCGGGAGCUACAGAAGGAAUUAACGUCAUUGUUGAGAGAAUGGAUCUUGAUGGGAAAUGGGCUUAUGGUUUGUCCUGCAUUGAGUACACCGAGUUUGAUAAGUAUGGGAUAUCAAACACGCCCUUUUCUUCAAACAGAUUGCAGAGUUUCCCCGCGAACACAAAUAUUCUUUAUGUGGAUUUACCAUCCGUGGAGUCGGUAGCAUCAAGCAAUGAUGAAAGAUGCUUACCUGGCAUGGUACUUAAUACAAGGAAACAAAUUGUGUAUGAGGACCAGUGGGGAAAUCGUCACAGCGUCCCUGGUGGUCGCCUAGAAUGCACAAUGCAGAAUAUUGCGGACAAUUUUUUGAAUAUGUACUUAUCUAGAUGUUACGAGGUUGCGGAAGAUGAGCUGGAUACAUUCAUUGUCUACAAUGAGCGUAGAAGGGUUACAUCUUCUGCUAAGAAGAAUCGAAAGCAUGCAGAGACUUCUUUGCGCCAGACUCCGGAUGGUGCGUUGCUGGAUACCUUAAGGAAUGCCUAUGAUAUCCUCUCGGAGUGUGAUAUCGAACUUCCACAGGUUGAAGAUGAUGACAAAUAUGUGAAUUCUAUUCCACCAUUUCUGAUUCUGCUGCAUCCAGCUCUUGGUCCACUUUGGGAGGUCAUGCGACAAAAGUUUAAAAAAGGGUCGAUAUCGAAGGGCUCUGAGUUGCAAAUUGAGGUUGCAGAGUUCUUAUGGAGGAAUGUUCAGAUUGAUGGAAGCUUAAUAGUUAUUGCUGAAAAUGUUAUGGGAUCAACCAGAAUGGAUGAAGAUGGUGAAUCGAUACUACAUUAUGGUCACAGGUGUGGAAGAUGUAGGCUGGAAAACGUACACAUUGUUAACAAAGGGAUUGAUUGGAGUUGUGUAGACAAUGUCUACUGGAAACAUAGUGUACAACGGAUUGAGGAGUUUAAGGUUGUACUUCAUGGAAACUCCGAAUUCGAGGCCUGCAAUGUGACCAUACAGGGAAAUCAUGUUUUUGAAGUUCCAGACGGCCACAAGAUGAAGGUAACCUCUGCCGGAGCUUCAGGUUUAGAAGUGAAGCUCGACCCUAUAGAACCUAACAAGAUUGACAGUGGAAGCUGGUUCUGGAACUACAAGGUGCAAGGCACACAUAUCUUGCUGGACUUGGUCGAGACGAAAUAGACCGAUUUACUCUCAAACCCCAUCCCGUGUGAAUCACAGUUCACUCAAAGGGACUCAGAAGAAGGAUCUUGUCAGCCCUUGCUGCAUUAAUCAAUUUGGUUGUAACCUAAGUUAAACCAUUUGCACACACCAGAUCCUCAUUGUAAAAAAGAACUUAAUUCUACUUAGAAGAGCCUUGUAUUUAACCUUCUACAGCUCACAAUGUAUGAAGCUGUUUGAUGUAGUUAUCCGUCCAAUUCCUGCAUCUUUGUAACAACAGAAAAGAACCAAAAAAGAAAGUUCGUAACAUGUAUAAGAUUACAGCAAAUUCACAGUUUCUUCAUCUAAAAAUCAAGUCAAUUCCCCAUGUUUACAGAAUGCUGCGAAUGAGAGCAGCAUCGAUUCAACAACCUGAGCAAAGCAUCAGCCUUCCGCCGCGCCUUCAACGAUCCGUCGCUCGACAAGCUCUGCAGACAAGGAAUGCUUCUAGGGUUCAUCAGCAGCCUUCUGGCCACUUCUUCACCACCAUCUUUACACAAUCCCAGUAGCAGGGUAAUGGCAUUCUCCUUUCCUUUCGCCGAUCCGAAUCGCAACAGAUCAACAAGCAACGGCACCAGAAUCCUGCUCUUCCUCAUCUGUUCCAACCCUUCACCACAACCCAGAAGCAAUGCCAGAACCGCCAGCGCAUCAUCCGUAAUCCCGGCCUUAUCAUCCAUCAACGCCUCGAUCAACAACGGCACGGCGCCGCCGCCGACGACCCCUGCCUUGUUGGCAUUGUACACCGCCAAAUUAAACAGCGCACUCGCCGCGUCGCGUUUCCCCGCCGUGGUUCCUUCCUUCAGCAACCCUAGCAGCGCCGGAAUCGCCCUCGGCCUGCCGCCGAUGCUCACCUUGUAGCCGUCGAUCAUCGAUAGGCUGAAUAUCGCCGCCGCGGCAUUCUCCCUGGCUUCCAUCGUUUUCCCCGUUUCCAGCACCGUUAUGAUGCUGUCCACGGCGCCUCCCGACGCCGUUAUCAGGACCUUGUUGUUGUCGUAGAUCGACAAAUUGAGCAGCGCCGUGACGGCGUUCUCCUGGAUUCGCGCGUCGCUGGAUCUCAGUAAGGACGUCAGGAACGGAAUCGCCCCUGCCUCCGCGAUCACCCUUCGGUUGUCCAUCCCGGUUUUGGCCAGCAGCCUCAGCUCGUAGGCGGCCUGGUUCUGGAUCUCGGUCGAACCCAUAGCCAGCUUCCCCACCAGAAAUUCCGCCGUCAUUUUCGCUGCUUCGGCUGCCGAUUUCGUGACCGAGAUGUGGUCCACCGCACCAGCAGUAGACGAAGACGACGUCUUCGUCUUGCUGCUGCUGCUGUUGUGGUACGUCUCGGGCUGCUCCGACGACGAGUGAUCGUCGAGCAGCGAAACGUUGUUGUCCUGGCACCAUUGAUGGACCAAACUCUUGAGAGCAUAGUUAGGGAUGAGUGCCAUGUGAAUUAGCCUCUGCCCGCUUUUGGGACACGUGUGGUGCCCCGAAUUGAUCCAUCGCGCGAUCGAAUUUCGAUCGUACGUGUGGCCAGAGGCCACGAUCACCGGAUCGAUCAUCAGGUCGAGUGAAAUCGGGCAACGAAACUCGUCGGGAAACUGUGGGGAAGAACAGGAUGAAAGGUC